CAAAAUUCUCAGGCUGUGUCUGGACUGCUGCCCAUAAAUAGCUCUGCAUGAUAAAAACAGCUCUUCUGGAUCAAUAAGAAAUGGAAGUGGCAUUUGUCCUCCUCUUGGUUGUCACAACUGUGUGUGGGUGUGGUGUACCCAGUUACCAGCCCAACACUGGCCAUGUGGUGAAUGGGGAGGAAGCCCGUCCCUACAGCUGGCCAUGGCAGGUUUCUUUGGAGUCUUUCUUCCCCACCUGUGGAGGAACACUUAUUGCUUCUGACUGGGUCUUGACUGCUGCACACUGCAUCACAUUCCACACAUACAGGGUGGUUCUUGCUGAGCAUGACAUGAACAAGGAAGAGGGACCUGAACAGUUCAUUAUGGUGAAAGAAAUGUUCAUCCAUCCCAAAUGGAACGACAACUGUGUUUCUUGUGGGAAUGAUAUUGCCCUGCUCAAGCUGGAGAAGAGUGCUGUUAUCAAUGAUAAGGUUGAACCGGCUUGCCUACAACCAGCCCUGUUACGUCACAGGCUGGGGUCGUCUCUACUCUGGAGGUCCCCGGGCAACCACACUACAACAGGCCCUACUUCCUGUAGUGGAUCACAGUAUCAGCAGUCAAAACGAGUGGUGGGGCAGCUCAGCGAAGACAAUAAUGGUCUGUGCAGGAGGAGAGAGCAAGUCAGCAUGCCAUGGUGAGUCUGGUGGUCCUCUGAAUUGCAAGGGCAGAGACGGUAGAUAGUACGUUGAAGGGGUGACUAGUUUCGUGGAUGGACGUGGAUGUAAUACUCCUCGAAAGCCCACAGUCUUUACGCGU